AUGACAAAUAACGCUACACAGGCUACAAAUAAGUUGCUAAAUAAGUUUUUUGCAUCAGUCUUUACCAAGGAGAAGACAGAUAACCUAUCUGAUCUGGAAAGAGAACUCAAGGAAGUGUCAGAGAAAAGUUGUGACACUAUUCAUAUCAUUACCAGCAUGGUUGCCAAACAGCUGUGUAAACUUAAGGGCAGGGCAGGGCAGGGUGGAGUCUGGCUGCUGUAUAAGUGGCUCUGGGCUCAGACCCUCCGCAGUCAGUCAGUCAGUAGUGGAAGCCGAGGGGAAGCCGCACGUUUGCUCGGCAGCAGAGACCUCUCCCCGCGCCCUGCCAUGCGAGCGGAGCUGCUGCUCUCCGGGCUGUGGCUGCUGCUGGUGCCGGCCCUGGCCGGGCAGAAGCGGGUCGCGGCGCGCUGCCCGCCCUGCCAGCCCGGGCAGUGCCCGCCGCUGCCCCCCGAGGGCUGCCCGCGGGGGCGGCUGUCGGACCGCUGCGGCUGCUGCUCGGUGUGCGCCGCCGGUCCCGGGGAGCCGUGCGGCGGCCGCGAGGGCAAGUACGGCCGCUGCGCCCGAGGCUACGAGUGCGAGCGCCCCGGCGGCCCGAGGGGGAAGGGGGGCAAAGGGCGGUGCGUGUGCAAGUCACCCGACCCCGUGUGCGGCAGCGACGGCGUCUCCUACAGCGACGGCUGCGACCUGCGAGCGGCGGCCAACCGAGCGCUCAGGGAGGGGCGGACCACCGUGAGCAGGAGAGGGAAAGGCGGCUGUGAUACAGAACCUGUAAUUGUAACACAACCUAAUGAAAUCUGGAAUAUCACUGGAUCACACGUUUACCUUAGUUGUGAAGUCAUUGGAAUUCCUACUCCUAUACUUACCUGGAACAAGUUAAUGAAAACAGAGACUGGUGUAGAAAAGAUGGAGCUGUUGCCUGGUGACCGUGAUAACCUUGCCAUUCAGACUCGUGGCGGGCCAGAGAAGCACGAGGUUACAGGAUGGGUUCUGAUUUCUCCUUUAACUGAAGAUGAUGCCGGAGUGUAUGAAUGUCAUGCAUCAAACUUCAAAGGGGAGGCUACAGCUAAUGGAAGCAUUCAUGUCGUCCACUCAGCUGCCGAAAUAAGAUUAAAAAGUAAACAGGAAAAAGAAGCAUGAAAACAUACAAGAAGACAACGUUGCUCAAAUGGUUAAAGCACCAUUUAGUACUAUACUAACUGCUUGUCUAUUUACAGGGAAACCUGGAAAUAGAAAGCAGACUAUGCUUGUAUAACUUUCUUAAAACCUUUGAAUGCUUUUUCAAGCAUGUAUAUUCAUAAUGAUUUAUAUAGUUAAUCCUGGAUGCCGCUAUUCCUUUCAUUUUAAAAUCCAAUAAAUGCCUGUGCUUGCAGUUAACCUAUAAAGUUUAUUAUCAAGAUAAGAAAAAGAAAUUUAAAAAAUCAAGAAUUCGUCUUUAUUAAAUCUCAUGAAACGUAAUACACAAAACUCCUUUCUUUUUACAACAAUCUAGUUACACAGCCGAUAAGUAUAAAAGAUUCAUACUUCAUCAAUGAGAACAAACGUUACAAAAGUGUUAUGUCAGACUAAAGAUGGCAAAACGGACCACACCUUGUAUGUACAAACAAUGCCUUCAUUCUCCAGGAUACACAGAAACUGAAGCACCCAGUCACACAAUCUUCUUGCAGUUUAGGUAACUGAAUAUUUCCCCAAAGUUAACAGGUCUGAACACAGGAUCUCAUGCAUCAUGAAAUCAUCAUCCGUGGUGCAAUGCUCAUCGACAUCAACUCUUGGAAGAGAAGCUUACAGGCAUAAGGCAUCCGAACUAAUGAAAUCUGUAAACAAGAAACAAUAAAAUGAAAAUACAAUACGUUGA